CAAAAAAAAGAAGCUGAAGCUGAACCGUCAAAACAUAAACAGAGCACUCAACCCUGAGUGAACGCAGCUAGCUUACUAUAACUCUGUCUUUUACUGAAAGCUUAUGCACGCAGUCCUAAUGUCGUGUGUUAACCGUAGAAGAAUUCCCAGUCGAGGCACUUAGCUCUGUUGCUAAGUAGUGGAGAGGAGAGAAUAAAUCUGCAAUAAAGAUUAGGACUAAACUAAGAAGUACGCCUCGUCGGGCCUUCGAGUAGAGGUUCUCCCUCGGGUCGACGCAGGACAAGGAGGACAGAAAUGGCUGAGGCUGACGGCAAAUCCACUGUGCUUAACGGUGGCUCAGAAGAAAAAGAACCUGGAGAAGAUCAACACAAGGAGGAAGAUGCAUCUGGAAGCAAAGAGGGACAAACACAGUCAGCUUCCAAUGAUGCUCCCAAAGAAACAGGAGAAGCGUCUGGAGACAAGCCUAUGCCAGAUGAGGAAGGAGAAGCAGGGGAAAACAGAGAUGGAGAGGAGGAGGAAGAUACUGACAGCAUGGACGGCAGCGGUCUUUACUCCUUGACUGAAGAUGGCGAGAGAGAGAGUGAAGGGGGCAGACGAGAGAGAGUAAAGGACAAAGAUAGUGGGAAAAGAGCAGCUAGAAAGAGGAACAGACCGGGCGGUGGCACCAAUCACUCUACCAGCUCAGAUGAUGAUGAUGAUGAUGACGAUGAAGAGGAAGAUCAGAAAGACGAUGAAGAUGAUGAUGAAGCUAUGGAGGCGUGGUUGGGAGCAGAGCUUCAGGAUUUGCGUGGCCCUAUAUGGCGGGCGGUACCCUCUCUUUGCUCCAGGGAGAUCGGCAGGGACUCUCACCAGUUUGUGAGGCGCGUGUGCGGAGCCCGCGGCCUCGUGCAGAGGCUGGAGCUUCAGGGUCGCCUGGAGAAGCACACAGGCUGUGUCAACACAUUGCACUUCAACCCAUCAGGCACUCGUCUGGCUUCAGGCAGCGAUGACUUGCGAGUGGUGAUCUGGGACUGGGCUAUUCGCCGUGCUGAGCUGGAGUUUGAUAGCGGCCACAAGAGCAAUGUCUUUCAGGCAAAAUUCUUGCCUCACAGCGGAGACUCCACCUUGGCCAUGUGUGCCCGAGAUGGUCAGAUCAGAGUGGCAGAGCUUUCUGCCACACAACGCUGCAAGAACACCAAACGGGUAGCACAACACAAAGGGGCAGCACACAAGCUUGCUCUUGAGCCAGAUUCCCCCUGCUACUUUCUGUCUGCUGGAGAGGACGCUGUCGUGUUUGGUAUUGACCUGCGUCUAGACCGUCCUGCCAACAAACUGGUUGUUGUGAAGGAGGGUGAUAAAAAAGUGGGGCUGUAUACCAUCUUUGUCAACCCAGCAAAGACACACCAGUUUGCUGUUGGAGGGAGAGAUCAGUAUGUGAGAAUCUACGAUCAGAGGAAGAUCAAUGAGAAUGAAAACAACGGCGUGCUGAAAAAGUUUUGUCCUUCUCAUCUGGUAUCCAGCGAAUCCAAAACCAACAUCACCUGUCUUGUGUACAGUCAUGAUGGCACAGAGCUUCUGGCUAGUUACAAUGAUGAAGACAUCUACCUGUUUGACUCGAACCACAGUGAUGGGGCUGACUAUCGCAGGAGAUACAAGGGACAUCGCAAUAAUGCUACAGUGAAGGGCGUGAACUUUUACGGGCCGUGCAGCGAGUUUGUAGUCAGCGGCAGUGACUGUGGACACAUCUACAUGUGGGACAAGUAUUCUGCUCGUAUUGUCCAGUUUAUGGAGGGAGACAGAGGAGGAGUGGUGAACUGUUUGGAGCCACAUCCACAUCUUCCAGGCAUGGCCACCAGUGGGCUGGACCAUGACGUUAAACUCUGGGCUCCCACUGCUGAGAACCCCACAGGACUCAAGGGUCUAAAAGAGGUGAUGAAGAAAAACAAGCGGGAGCGUGACGAGGACAGCGUGCGCCACGGUGACCAGUAUGACACCCAGCUGCUGUGGUUCCUGAUGAGACACAUGAGGAACAGACGGCCCACGAGGCCCCGGGGUGCAGACAAUGACACAGAUGACUCUUGGAGCUCUCCAGAAUCCUCCGAUGAAGAGGAAGGAGGUCCAGACCAUGUUCAGUGCAUGUCCUCCUGAGCCACACAUAAACACGAACACACACAAGCAUACACUCACACCCAUACAUCUACACACUUUAUUGCCCUUGAAUUGAUGCACAUAGGCAAGCACUAUUGACACACUGGCACACUCAAACACUGAUGAGCCACAGACUUGUUUUUCUUUUCUUCUUUAUUUCUUUUUACACAUACAAACUCAGACACACAGACAUUUACGUGAACAUACUGUUGAAAAAGAGUGACAAAUAAGCUUGAUACCCGGUUUCCCAGCAGUCGUGAGUGCGCAUAUGGCGACUACAGAGUCCAUACACACCUCCAGAACCCAGAUCUGUGCAAAGAGUUUUUUUGUGAGUGCGUAUGUCCCUCCUAACCACUCGGAGGCCCCCUGCUUGUCCAUUCAUUACGUACAAGCUCUGCCUCACCUGGAACGUUUUACUGUUUGUGUAUGGCAGCAAGCACGUCCUCUUUUAGACACCCUGUAGGAAGCUAAACAUCACCAGCACACAACCCCCCUCUCUCUUAGUAAUACAUGUCUUCUUUUUUAGGAGGAAGGGGCAUCAAUUGGUACUUUGAAACCUGAAAUCCCCUUCCCUUAAAUGUGACUUCCUUUCAAAUCUCUGAGUAAAGACAAAAACUCCUCAAUGUGUCACCCCUGCACCAACACUUCCUAGCUUUUUUUUUGCUUUUGCAGCGUAUUUGCAUCUUCUCAGACUACUAAACCCCUUCAUGCUGCAUCACCUCACACGCUGCCCCCUCCCUACCUCCUCUUUCUCCUCAACACCCCCACCUCCAUCACUACUGAGUGCACUUUGAAUCAGGGAUGCUUUAGUUUGAGACACAGACAAAAUGUGCACUGAGUUUGUGAUUUUUUUUUUUUGUGGGGGUGGAAGAGAUGUCUUCUAUCGCAUUGGAGAAAAAAAACACAUCGAAGUUUUGUUCAUUUCUUCGUUUUUUGAUCAAGGGGGAUAAUUUUGCACUUUUGCAUUCUUUGGACAAAGGAAGAAGAGGUUUCUUUUGCUUCCACCAGCUCUUCUUCCUCCCUCACGCUCCAUCCCGACACCUACAUUUUACAAGAAAACUUCAGAUCAGAUCUCAGUGAACAUAAACAUGCAGAUGUAGAUGGUGUGCAUAGAAUUAAAGGACAGGUGUUGGAGGAUUUUGUGGUUUUAAAGAGCCAGAACAGACCUGGGUUGAAUCAGAAUUAAAAGACUCCUGGAGUAAUUAUGGACUACACUUGUUCCUGGAAAUGUUCUGCGAUACUAACGGGCUCAGAUCCCCCGCUGAGUAUCUGUUUUGAGAUGAUUAGCUAAACCAGGUUUGCAGCUAGCACACUCCUUGUCUACGUGCUGUGUGAACGCAGCUCAAAGAGGAGGACUGAAGGGGGGGCAGAGGGGUCAAUAUGCUUGCCAGUCUUAUGUUGUGUGAGAGCGAUAAAGUCCAGCUUUUCUCAUUUUCUAUGAGAACUCUAGUUAGUUGAAUUUAUAUGUACAUAUAUAAAUAUAUAUUAAAACUGUAAAAAAAAAAAACACCUUUAGCUAAAGGACUUCCAAAAAAAGAAAAAGAAGAUGUCAAAACAUUUGAUUGGUAUCAAUGCAGAGGUUUAUAUUCUAUAUGAGGAUUAAGUACUUUUAAAAUCCAGAGAAAAAUGUCAACUUGAAGCACCAUUUUUGUUUGGUUUGUCUUUUCUGAAUGACAUCCCUCUGUUAGGAACAGAAUCGCUGUCAUUUCAAGUUUUCAAGUUCUGAUUCUCUUACUUGUUAAAGAUAAGAAAGAAAAUAAAAACAGUAUUUCCUUUUUAGAUCUUAAUCCAACAUUUGAGACAGUUGUAUCCAGAUUUUCCCACUGACUAUUUUUGGCAUCUUGUAUACAUAAUAAGGCUUUUGAUGAACAGUUUUUUUUCCACCACUGCCUAAUAUUGUGUUAUACCAGUUCAGUUGGAAAUAUGUACAAUUCGUGCAAUAAACAAAACAACAGUGUA